AUGACGGGAAAUGUACAUUUGAUGUUCCUAUCUACCUUCCUCUUGGUUUCCAUGGCAUCUGAAAUAUUUGAUGCAAUGGAAGGUGAGGCUUUAGUUAUAAAAUGUCCCCGAUGGAGUUCAUCUGUAAAAGUCACCUGGUAUCACAUGGACACUAACAAAAUAAUUCCUGCAGAAGAAGAGGGGUCACGAAUAUUUUCCUUUAAACAAUUUCUUUGGUUUCUGCCAAAUUCUAGAGAGGAUUCUGGAAACUACGCCUGUGUUACACAUUUCUCAAAUAAUCGCACAAAGUCAUUCAACAUGAGUAUGCAGGUGCAUCCAUACAAGCAAGGAGUAUGUUUUCCAAGUCAGAUUCGUUACCCAAAUGACACUGGAAGAGGAAAAAUUGUUUGUCCUACAAUUGACAAUUAUAAAAAUGCUACUAUCAUCCAGUGGUAUAAGGACUGCAAACCUCUUCAGGGAGAGAGGUACUUCAAGGGAGAAAAAUACAUUUUUAUUAACAACCCAAGCAAGGAGGAUGAUGGUUAUUAUACUUGUCAAUUUACCUACACUCAUAAAGGAAAUGUGUUUAAUGUGUCAGCAACAAGGAUUUUUAUAAGUAAGGUAAAACACUCACCUCUACCACCUCAAAUUUUAUUUCCAAAAGAUAAAGAUGUAAUAGAAGUGGAGCUUGGUGCUGCUUUGUCUCUGAAAUGUCAGGCCCGCCUGGGGAUUAAGAAACAGCCGCUGGCUGUUGUCACAUGGGAUGUGGAUAACAUCCCUGUGAAAUACUUAGAUUUUUCAAGAUUUCAUGAAAAGAUGCAUUUUUUUGAAAGACAUGAGCAAGUAUAUUACAGAGAGACCACUUUGCACAUUACUGAAAUAAAAAAGGAGGAUCUGCAGGCAAAUUUCACAUGUGUAGCAGUGAACGAAAUGCACAACACAAAGGCCACUGUGACAUUGCAACUCAAAGCACAAUCAGGUCUUCCUAACAGCUUCUUGAUCAUAGGAUCUCUAGUUCUACUAGUUGCAAUAGCUGUCUUGGUUAUACUUUACCAGUCCUUCCGAGUUGAUAUCGUCCUGUUGUAUCGGGAGAUAUUUCAGCCCUACUCAGUCAAGGAUGAUGGGAAGAUCUACGAUGCAUAUGUUAUCUACCCCAGAAAUCACACCAAUGAAGCUAAUUUUGUGGAAUACUUUGUUUACCAAAUCAUGCCAGACAUUCUAGAAAAUAAAUGUGGAUAUAAACUGUGCAUUUAUGGGAGAGACAUAUAUCCUGGAGAAGAUACAGCCAGUGCAAUUGAGAAGAGGAUGCAGAAGAGUAGACGGCUGAUCCUCAUUCUGACACACCAGCUGAUUAGUUGUAAAGAACUUGCUUAUGAUCAACACAUUGCUUUAUACAAAGCCCUCAUUCAAAACGAUACAAAGGUGAUCCUGCUGGAAAUGGAGACAAUUGGGAAUUAUGCGAAGCUUCAGGAAUCUCUUAGGUUUAUUAUUAAGCAGCAAGAAAGUUCAGAAACUUGA